AUGAAAAGGACAAGGGAUGAUAUCCUCAAGGUGGAUGUGGACCAAGAAUAUCUGGAUCAGCACAUUGAUUCAUUCCGUGAUGGAAUAGAACAUAUCUUAACUAUUGACCCCACAUUAAAAGAAAUCAUUGAGCAUAGUCCUUUCACCAUGUUUCUCAAGGAAAAUGUGGCCAAGGAUUCGAUGGACCUUUAUUUUAAUAAAUUGGCAGGUAGCAUCAUUUCACAGCAGAUCAGUGGUGCAGCUGCGAAGAAUAUUCGAGGCAGGAUCGUAGAUAUGUUUGAUGGAACUUUUCCUAAUUAUCAGACACUGCACGAAACAUUCCAAGACUCGAAGAAGAAACAAGCUUUUAAGGAAUGUGGGUUAUCUCAAAGGAAGCUGAUGUAUAUUGAGUCCUUGGUUGGAUAUUUUUUCAAUAACGAGGAUUCUAUAAAAGAUCUCUUUGCCUUUGCAGACGAUGAUAAAAUCAUCGAAGAGCUAGUCGCAAAUAUCAAGGGUAUCGGACCGUGGUCAGCGAAGAUGUUUUUAGUUACAGGUUUACAUCGCUUAAAUGUAUUUGCAGCUGAAGAUUUGGGAAUCGCAAGGGGAUGUUCAAGGUACUUGGAACAACGACCAGAGAUCUUAAAGAAGCUUCACAGCAAGCGGACUCUUAUCAAGAAAUCAAAAAUAAAGCACAAGAGUUUCAAGUGGAAAAUCCACGAUGAAGACGUGGUUGAGCUCUGUGGUGAUUUAUUUAGCCCCCAUAGAACGUUAUUUAUGUUCGUUCUUUGGAGAAUGUCGGAUACUAACAUGGAAGUUGUCAUCAAUAAUGAGAAAAGGUUUAUGUCGAAGUAA